AUGAAGGACACUCCCGCCAAGGUUGCCCCCAACGAGACCGUCAGUAUGGACCUUGACACCAGCCCCGCGGAUCAGCGCACCUCGCGCAAGCACCUGCGCAGCAGUUCCGACGACUACCACUACGAAACGAGUUCCGAUGAAUCAGGUCGCUUCGAUGAUGCCGACGAGCCAGAGAUCGAAGAUUAUAAAUCGUCCUCGGCCAAGUCCGUGAAACGCCGCCGCUCCAAUGACUGGCCGCUGCCCGAGGAAGCUGCAGACUAUGGACAUAACAACCGCCGUAAUGCACGUGCUGGCAAUGGCGGGAUAGGUGCUAGCAUCGGCAAUCAGUUCAAGUCCUCACCGCGAGCAUCCCCUCGUACCUCGGCGACUUCGCUCCGUGGUAGACAUAGCGCUACGGCCGCACACAGCCCACGUAAUUUGCUGGGCCGCCGGUCGCGUUUUGUGGAAGCGACGAUGAGUGAUAGUGUCAGCGAGAAGCCACCAAGCAUUUUUAUGCACGAGAGUAAGCGGGUCGCGCCUCAGCAGCAGCAUCGUUCCUCCGGCAUCUUUCGCUUUGGCAAGGCCAUUGCUUCGGCCUUCAAUCCCUUCGGAGGUUGGAACAGGAACUCGCCUGAACACGAGAUUUCUCACAAACCAAAGCCUCAAGCGGAUGCUCUUACACAGGCAGAGCUGGCUUAUGCGGAGUUGAAGAAGGCCGGCUAUAAGGGUACCAACAAAGGCUCCUACAUGCAGAGUCAGAAUACCGACCAGGCGAACGCCGACCAGACAUUCCAGGCUAUUCUGGAAAAAAUGGGCUACGCAGGUCCCAUUGGAGAUUCAGCACACCCGCCAACGAAUCAAUUUGAUGGAGCUGGCGGCACACCUUCGCGCUCUUCAUCUAUGACUUCGAAGCGCUCAUCUUUUCAAGACCUUCGCAAGGCUGGACUCCCAUUUGGCAAGCCUCAAGAAACCACCACAUUCGCACCCCCAACAUACACCGAACGAUCAUCUGAAGAAUCCAUUGAAAAUACCGGGCUUCGCAAGCAAAAAUCACGCCGGGAGCUUUCACGACAAGCCAAGCUCCUCAAGAAGGUCAGCAACCUUGAAGACAAGCUCGAUCGUGCUCGUCGCGAGCUCCAUCAAAUCAGUGGAAAUGAGGAGCGGUUGCCAGAGCCAACGCCAGAGCGCAGAUCCAUGAGCAUUGAUAUGGACCCUGGCAGUUAUCCACGCAAAUUCGUCCCCGGUGCGCUCCCAACACUACCCUCAGAACGACUUCUCGACCAACAAGCGACAAUUGCCGAAACGCCCGAGCCCGAGAUGGGUGUCCCGACUGCUUUACCUUCCGUGGAGGGCCGAGGAAGCGUCUCGAUCGAAGAACAGGGACCAUGCCCAAGCCCAGUUGUGGGCAAGUCCCCGAAGAGGCGGUCGAGAGAUUCGCGGCCGUCCUCCAUGGGUAAGGAAAGCUCCUCCCGCAAAAGGAAGUCCCCCAUUCCUGAACCAGUCGAUAGUCGGAAACCUUUUCAGUCCAACCCAACGCGCCCCGAUACCAACGACGUCGCCCUUUCGACCGAAUAUGAACACCUGAUCGACUCGGGCCUCCUCAGUCCCCCUCGACAGACUAAAUGGCAGAAAUUCGAAGCCAGCGACAGUCCCGGCUCGGUAGAACGUACACGACCCAAUAUCAACCACGGGGCCGCCGCACAAGGAGAUAUGAAUAGCAGAAAGUCCCCAUCAACUCAAUCCCAAAAACUCCCUGCCGGCCCCAAUCGCUCACCAAAUUCCAAGACCAUAAAAUCAUCGCCCCAUAUCCGUACGCAACCUGGCCGUUCGAAUCUGCGCUCCGUCUCGCCUCGCGCCAUGAGCGAUUCGGAACACAGAACCCUCGACGAUUGGAUCUCUCCCUCGCCACCUCCAUCGAAAAGCAAAGCACAGCAAGCGUUCUACCUUCAGCCACAUCUUCACCUCGAUCCGGAUCGAAUGCCACGAUCUAAGUCUAGCCCACGGAAACGAAGAUGGCAGGAUGCCGAUGUUCCACCCGUCCCUCCGCUUCCCGAGGAGCUUCUUCCAAAUGCAGCAAAGGUAAAUAAGUCGCCCUCGAAGAUGAAGAGCCCGAGGAAGGAAUCUGCGGCGGUUUUAGCGCCACAGUCUCCUUCCACGCAGAACCAGCAAUCGACUGCGACUGGGCUUGAGGAUUUCCCUUGGCCUUCGGAUAUUUUCUAA